CUGUCGGACGCGGUGACGUCACACGGGUUGGCGUGUCGCGGCGGCCAAGGCGGCGGGGCCGGAGGAAGCUGUGGCGGCGGGCGCUGCUGAGGAGCGGUUCUGCGGCGCGGGGCUGAGUAGGGGUCAUAGCUAAAGAACUGUCUAAAGUCCUGUCCCUGGGCCACUGUGAUUGGACUGGUGUUGGAGUGGAAGGAAGACCAGCCACCAUGUCCACAUUCAGGCAGGAAAAUGUGGAAGACCACUAUGAGAUGGGGGAGGAGCUGGGCAGCGGCCAGUUUGCAAUUGUGCGGAAAUGCCGGCAGAAAGGCACCGGGAAGGAGUAUGCGGCCAAGUUCAUCAAGAAGCGCCGCCUGUCAUCCAGCCGGCGGGGGGUCAGCCGGGAAGAGAUCGAGCGGGAGGUGAACAUCCUGCGGGAGAUCCGACACCCCAAUAUCAUCACACUCCAUGACAUCUUUGAGAACAAGACCGACGUGGUCCUCAUCCUGGAGCUGGUCUCAGGUGGGGAGCUCUUCGACUUCCUGGCAGAGAAGGAGUCGCUGACGGAGGACGAGGCCACUCAGUUCCUCAAGCAGAUCCUGGACGGCGUCCACUACCUGCACUCCAAGCGCAUUGCUCACUUUGACCUCAAGCCGGAGAAUAUCAUGCUUCUGGACAAGAAUGUGCCUAACCCGCGGAUCAAGCUCAUCGACUUUGGCAUUGCCCACAAGAUUGAAGCAGGGAAUGAGUUCAAGAACAUUUUUGGCACCCCAGAGUUCGUGGCUCCUGAGAUCGUCAACUAUGAGCCCCUGGGUCUGGAGGCAGACAUGUGGAGCAUUGGCGUCAUCACCUACAUCCUCUUGAGCGGUGCAUCCCCGUUCUUGGGUGAGACCAAGCAGGAGACCCUGACCAACAUCUCUGCCGUGAACUAUGACUUUGAUGAGGAGUACUUUAGCAACACCAGUGAGCUGGCCAAGGACUUCAUCCGCCGGCUGCUUGUCAAAGACCCCAAGAGGAGAAUGACCAUCGCUCAGAGCCUGGAGCAUUCCUGGAUCAAGGCGAUCCGGCGGCGGAAUGUGCGUCGUGAGGACAGCAGCCGGAAGCCUGAGCGCCGGCGCCUAAAGACUGCCCGCCUCAAGGAGUACACUAUCAAAUCGCACUCCAGCAUGCCCCCCAACAACACCUACAUCAACUUCGAGCGCUUCUCCAAGGUGCUGGAGGAGGUGGCGGCGGCCGAGGAGGGCCUUCGAGGGCUUGAGCACAGCCGACGCCUGUUCCAUGAGGACAUCGAGGCGCUGACAGCUAUCUAUGAGGGGAAGGAGGCCUGGUACCGUGAGGAGAAUGAGAGCAUCGGCCAGGACCUGCGGCGGCUGCGCCAGGAGCUGCACAAGACCGAGGCGCUCCAGCGGCAGGCCCAGGAGGAGGCCAAGGGUGCCCUGCUGGGGGCCAGUGGGCUCAAGCGGCGCUUUAGCCGCCUCGAGAACCGCUAUGAGGCACUGGCCAAGCAGGUGGCCUCUGAGAUGCGGUUUGUGCAGGAUCUGGUGCGUGCCAUGGAGCAGGAGAAGCUGCAGGGUGGGGAGUGCAGCCUCCGCUAGGGCUGCUCAGGGGGGCAGUGUCCUGCAGCCUGGGUGAAGCCCCCGUCACUCUAGUGUGGCCCUGGAGGGCCCCCAGGCUGGAGGCCCAGCUAGGAGGAGCACUGGGCUGGGAUGGACUCCAUGGUCCCAGGAAUUAAUAGCCAAGGCAGGGUCUUGGCCUGGCUCUGCCCGGGGAGGAUGUUGCUGAUCUGGACCCUUUCUGUACCACCUGUGUCCCCCCCCAGGUCAGCUUCUCCCUCCUGCAGGAUUAACUCUAGGGACUUCCAAGGCAGCAUCACUUUGGGAAUUUUCAAGGGGUUGGCCUCUCCAAGAGGGGAUUGGCCAUGGCGGACACAGUUGUCUCGUGUGCAUGGCCAAGCAUCGUUUAUGUCCAAGGCCUGAGUUGGGCUGGGGCGGGGGGGCGGUGGUACGGUCUGUGAAUGCCUGGGGCUCGCCACAGUGGUCAGAAUUUGAGGGGCUUCAGGGACACACCAGCUCCUCCUCCAGGGUUGGUGGUGAGGUGGCCUCUGAGCCUGGAUCUUCAUAUCCCCAGCCCCUCACAGGGCCCCCAGUCCAGGGCUGGGCACCAGGGCCAUAGCUGAAGGGAUGAUCUAGCCCUCAAGGAGACGUUGGUCUGGGGGUGGUUUUGGUAGCGUGUGGCGGGGCAUGGUGCCCACAUGCAGUAAAGGAAACAGCUGCAAAGCUGAGUCUCCAUUGGGGGUAGGGAAGAGAGUGAAGAGCCAGGCACCCUGGAGUGUCCCGCCAACUGGUGGGCUAUGGAACCAUCCCUUUCUCACUAGCACCUUGAUAGUGCACAGCCCUGACUCGCUAGAGCCAUCAGCCAGGGUCCUACCCUUGCCUAGUCUUCAGCGCUGCCCCAUCUCACUCCCUUCCCUAGUGCUGCCUCAGGCCAGGACUUCUUGGGCCCCCGAAGUGAUUCCUAGAGGCCUGCAUUCCCAGCGUCCUCUCCCUGGAGAGCCCCAGAACUUAUGUCCUGAUCCCCCCCCGCCGGCCCCCUCCCAAGCUCUGUGCUGCCGUGAUUGCCUCCACUGGCAUGUUUAGGGACCUGCUGAUGGGUGGAGCCUUGGGGAGCUUAUGGGACCAGAAGGUUGAGUCCUGGGUUUCAGCAGGCAUUGCUGCUGCGCACCACUAGGUGCUGCCCUCGAGCAUGAUUUUGCGUGUAAGAGGAAGUGCCCUAUGAGCCAGGCUUGACUGAGGUGUGGGUCCCUGGUGGUGACUGCUCUGAGCUGAGUUCUCUGCUGCUGGUUGGGUUAAUCAAGGGAUCCCUGUACAGCAGCCCCCAUGCCCCCCUUAGCCUGAGAGGAGUUCAAGGGGAGAGCCAGGCAGGUGGGUGGGUACUCCUGCUGUGACUCUGACAGGCUCAGGGCUUAGGCUUCACAACCAUGGGGAGCUGAGGAGAGCCUUGAGACCUAGUCGCGGAGCUGACACAGGGGAUGCCUGGUUCUUCUGUAUACCCUUCACAAGUUCCAUUGUAUGAUGUUCACACCUCUAAGCAUGUGCCUGUUGCCAGCCUAAAGGAAAUAAAGCCCAGCUCCCUGGCAUCCUGCUCUUCUCUGUCCUCUGGCUGGGGCAGGGGUGGCCAGCCUUUGCAGUCCCCCGGUGCUGUAGCCCUUCCAGUCUCUUGUGUUUCUUUACCUUUGUCCACUGCCUGUCCCCUGCUGGGGGACCUUGGAGUCUGCUUUGAUCUUGGGACUCAGCUGGCUUGUUUGGUUUUUUUUUGGAGGGUUUUGGUUUUGUUUUUUUUUUUUUUAGUGCGCAAUCAUGGCAUAUGGAGAUUCCCAGGCUAGGGGUCAAAUCAGAGCUACAGCUGCAGGCCUACAUCACAGCCACAGCAAUGCGAGAUCAAUCCACAUCUGUGACCUAUACCACAGCUCAUGGUUCCUAGUCGGGUUCAUGAACCACUGAACCAUGAAGGGAACUCCUGGAUUUUUUUGUUUUUGUUUUUUCCAUUUUGAUGGGAUAGAGGCUUCCAGGCAGCCAGAGUGGGCUCAGAGAGGUUUCAAAGGGAGGCCCCUUUGUCCCUCCUGAGACGACCAGGUUGCACAUGGGCUCCCUUGCCUUGCUUGGGCACUCCUGAAAGAGACAUCCUUGUCCCUCCUUCUGCCACUGCUGGCCUCUGGGUCUGGAAUGUGGCUCCAACAAGGGCCCUUCUGAUCCUCUGCCUCCCUCCCAGUGGCUCCACUCAGCCUUCUGUUACCUCGUUCUGUGCAUCAAGGGACACAUUUCUCUCUUUUUUUUUUAACUUUAGAAAAAUUGAGUUAUGAUUCACCAUACAAUUCAUCCCCCCCCUUUUUUUUCUUUCUUUUUUCUUUUUUGGCUGCUCCAUAGCAUAUGGAGUUCCUCGGCCAGGGAUCAGAUCCAGGCCACAGCUGCAACCUAUGCUGAAGCUGUGGUAACAUAGGAUCCUUUAACCCAUUGUACUGGGGAUCAAACCUGUGUCUCAGUGCUCCAGAGACACUGCUGUGCCACAGCAGUAACACCAAAAUUCAUCCUUUUUUAUCUUUUUUUGGUCAACAAAUUUACACUUUUAAAAUCUCAGUAAAUUUUAGCUAAUCUAACAGAC